GCGCCUUCCGGCUUCUCCUCAGCCACCCCGCGGGAGAAGCGGCCCACGCCCUCCAGAGCCACUGUGGAACUAGAAGCCCAGAGAAAGGGAAGUUCUAGUUCACUUUUCUGGAUCUUUUCUGGACAAGAACGUAUCAAGGACUGCUAUCAAACCCUUUCUUCCUGUAUCUCAGACCAACAGGUAGGAGAAAGAGACACUUUCUGGAAGGACAUAAGUCUUGGAGAUCUUAGAGAAACAGAAGUAAUUCUAUAUUUGUGCUGGUAACUUUGGACUACCUCUAGAAUUCCCUCAUAACCACCCAACUUAGAUCCACUCUUUCUUGAAAUGGUGGUGAAAACAUAGCCAAGUCCAAGGGCAUCGCAGCUGUGAAAACAAAAGAAUACCUGGAGGCCUCUGUAAAUCGGAGCUACUUGUCCUGACUUCCAACCCAGAACUCCUUCAAAUAUUUUACACCCCAGAUAAAUCAUAAAAGUUUUACUUCAAACUGGCACAGCGUCAUCAUGGUUUGUGAAAUACAAAUAUUUCGUAUUUGACAACACUGUAUUGCAUUUCUAUUAGGCUUUACAAUUUGUAUUUCCCCUUCUCAGAGGUAGAUUUUAUUCCUCUAUACGAUACCUGAUUUGAGAGAAUUUUAGCACUGAUCUCAUUCAUAGUUGGAAGUCCCCUGUUUUUUGAUGUCAUGAACUUGAUGUGUAUGUAAAUUGAUCAACAGGAAAUAUUCAGUUCACGGUAGCUCUGAAGAGUCUCCAGGCUACAUUAUUGGAAAAUAUGGGUCUUAUUGGAUAUGCGGAAUUAUUUUCCAUGUUACUGAAAUUGGACCAAACAGUACUAAUUUCAGAUGAAAACAUUACAGUGAUGGAUACAAAGUUUACUGACAUUCCAGUAUGUUUGUACUUGCCAAAGAAGAAGUCAGAAAGCCAGAGACGGGCUGUAAUUUUUAUUCAUGGUGGUGCCUUUGUUAUGGGAAGUUGCAGGCAGAUGGCUUAUGACUUCCUGAAUAGAUGGACAGCAAAUAAACUUGGUGCUGUUGUUGUGGGAAUAGACUAUAGGCUAGCUCCUCAAUAUCAAUUUCCUGUUCCCCUUGAAGAUGUCAUUUCUGUGGUCAGAUUCUUUCUACAGGAUAACAUUCUUGCAAAAUAUGGAGUGGAUCCUUCCCGAAUCUGUAUUUCAGGUGAUAGUUCUGGGGGUACAUUGGCAGCAAAAGUUACUCAACUGGUACAAAAUGAUCCAGAAUUCAAAAAUAAAAUUAAGGCACAAGCUUUAAUUUACCCUGGCUUGCAGGCGGUGGAUGUUUUAAUGCCCUCUCACCGACAAAAUGAGCAUGGUCCGAUUCUGUCAAGGGAUAUGGCAAUUAAAAUGGGAUGCCUGUACUUGACCAAGGAUAAAGCACUGCCCCAAGCAGUGAGAGAAAAUCAACAUAUGCCCCAUGGAUCAAGACAUCUGUUCAAGUUGGUUAACUGGAGUACUCUUCUUCCUGAAAAAUAUAGAAGGAAUCACAUAUAUACUGAACCAAUUAUUGGGAAGCUUAACUCUUCGUAUCCAGUACUUUUGGAUAGCAGGUUAUCACCCUUGUUAGCCACUGAUUCCCAAUUAGAAAAAUUGCCACUAACUUAUAUCAUCACCUGUGAACAUGAUAUCCUAAGAGAUGAUGGACUUAUAUACGUCUCACGACUUCGAAAUGCUGCAGUUAACGUUUCUCAUGACCACAUAGAGGAUGGGAUCCAUGGAGCACUUUUUUUCAUGACAACACCAUUUUACUUACAUGUAGGCUUUAGAAUAAGUGAUAAAUAUAUUAAUUGGCUUGAAGAAAAUCUAUAAAUAGUACAUGUAGCUAGCUAAUUAUUUAUUUAGUAAUAUAAUCCAAAGGUUAUAUUUGAAAGUUUGUGACUUUAAGGAACAGAACAAUGAUAUUCUUUUUGAAUAAAUGUAAGUUUAAAAGCAAA